GAUGUUCUCGUGGUAAUUCUUUGCAGAAUACUUUUGUCGGUCGGUUGCUUGAAAACAGGUGCUGUCCUCCAAAACGUGCUAGAAAGAGUUUCCAGCCUACUUUGUUUUACUUGCAAGAGUUUGCAGGAGGUUAACGGAGCUCAAUAAUUUAUUCGCGGGUGCACUCGAUGCGACGGGCGGAUCAAUAACCCUCGCUUUCGGAGCGCGGCACAUCAGAAGGCAGUGUGGUGUGGUGCAAGGAAGUAGCAGUGUGAUCAGUGUGGUGGAAAACAAAUUUAUCUAGCGCUCCGCUUUUAAUCCCUAUCCGUUUGCCUUGCGCUAGUGUGUGCUUUUUCGUCGGUUGCCAGGGGUAACAGUGAAUACUGGGAGGCGGUUACAAACCGAAGGGCUACCAGAAAGGUGUAAAACAACGCGUCCCGUCGUCGUACCAGCAACCCUGACCUGCGAGGGAAAACUGUGCCCCAAAGAAAACUAACCAUCUGCACUCGGUACAGUAUUCAAAAUGAGUAUGGCCGAUGGGGGUGCGGAGCUGCGGCGCCGUUUGCCAGCGGAAGGUGAAACAGCAGCAACAGCGGACGCACAACAGCAGCACGAAAGCCCCAAACAACAGCAGCAACCACAGGAGUGUGCCACCACGGAAAACUCCGACCAUGUUGACUCGGAAACAGAGACGGAAGAGCGGCUGCCGGACGAGAAGUACGUCGACGAGAUGGCCAAAAAGCUGCCACAGGGCACCAACAAGAUGCCGGAGGUGCUUGGUCAGGCACUGAGCGGACUACCGGAUAGAUGGAAGAAUUGGGUGAUACGAGGCAUCUUCACAAUGAUCAUGAUCAGUGGAUUCUGUCUGAUCAUCUACGGUGGCCCGCUGGCGUUGAUGGUAACGGCCCUCGCUGUGCAGGUGAAAUGUUUCCAAGAGAUUAUCUCGAUCGGUUACUCCGUGUACCGCAUUCACGGAUUGCCCUGGUUCCGCAGUCUUUCCUGGUACUUCCUGUUGACGUCGAACUACUUCUUCUACGGUGAAAAUCUGGUUGACUACUUCGGUGUCGCGGUCAGCCGAGUGGACUCACUCCGUUUUCUAGUCAAAUAUCAUCGCUUCCUGUCGUUCUGCCUGUACUGCAUCGGAUUCGUCUGGUUCGUGCUGUCGCUGGUGAAGAAGUACUACAUGAAACAGUUCAGUCUGUUCGCCUGGACGCACGUGGCACUGCUGAUCGUGGUCACGCAGAGCUACCUGAUCAUUCAGAAUAUCUUCGAGGGCUUGAUCUGGUUCAUCGUACCCGUUUCGAUGAUCGUGUGCAAUGACGUGAUGGCGUAUAUGUUCGGGUUCUUCUUCGGCCGCACACCGCUGAUUCAGCUCAGUCCGAAGAAGACCUGGGAAGGGUUCAUCGGCGGCGGGUUCGCAACCGUCGUCUUUGGCCUGCUGAUGUCGUACGUCCUCUGCCAGUUCCAGUUCUUCGUCUGCCCGAUCGAGUAUUCGGAGGCACAGGGCCGCAUGCUCAUCGAAUGCGAACCGAGCUAUCUGUUCCGACCGCAGGAAUAUCACAUCUCACUGGUACGAAAGGAGCGGAACGAUUGUUUGUCCAACGAAGGGUCUAAUAUGUUUUUAUUUUCCUCGCAGUUUGCGUUUAGCAAAACAGUCACGAUGUAUCCUUUCAUGCUCCACUCGUUGUCGAUGAGCAUCUUCAGCUCUGUGAUUGGACCGUUCGGUGGAUUCUUCGCUUCCGGAUUCAAGCGCGCAUUUAAAAUUAAGGACUUUGGAGAUAUGAUUCCUGGACACGGCGGUAUCAUGGAUCGCUUCGAUUGUCAGUUUUUGAUGGCUACGUUUGUGAACGUCUACAUCUCCAGCUUUAUUCGCUUCGCUUCCCCACAGAAACUUUUGAACAUGGUCUACAGUCUCAAGCCAGAGGAGCAGUUGCAGUUAUUCAAUCAACUGAAGGGCAGUCUAGAGGAGCGAAAUAUUAUUAAUUUAAAUUAGAUUCCACCGAGCGUUUAACUAGUUACCGUUGUUAUUGUUAUUUCUAUGUACACAUGUUUCAGUUGUGUUUUUUUUACAUUGUUAGUUCUUUCCCAAUUGGUAGUAAGCUGCGAUAAUGCAUCAACUCCAAACCGCUGACCAGAGAUACGAAGAAAUCCGCGUUACCCUGUUUCAAAUUAC